AUGAUGUCCUCACUAGCUCCUCUUGUCUCUCUAAUCUUCCUAGCCCUCUCCGGAGCGGUUACUGUUGCAGCUUUCCCCACUGCCUCUGAUCACACUCUGGCCAAGCGUGCGACCAUCGCCGACUCUCAGACUGUCGCCACCAGCCUUGCGAACCUUGGCGCAUCUGGAUCAACCACCACAAUCAAUGCUGGUGUGACGUACUGGCUUGCUGGUUACAGUCCACACAAUGUCUACGGCAACCUUGACAACUCGGGCAAUCUCAUCAUCAGCCAGACUGCGUACACUGCCUCCACUCCUGGAGGCAUGAGCAGUUACUUCCAACGGACUGGCUCUUCUGACUACACUCUGCAAAACCGCGCAGGCGCCACCAUUCAGCUCAACGACGUCUACGCUGCCUCGGCACCCAGCUACUAUUGGUGGUUGAACCAGAUGGCCAACGCAGGACUCAUCGUCAUGGAGCAGGUCAACAGCAACCUCGGCACUGCGGCCAGCUGGGCCGUCGGAGUCCGCACAGUGGCAGGCACGACUCCUUCACAGGUCAUUACCAACGACGGAGGAUUCUUGAUGCGCCAGGCUCGUGUCGAUCUCACUCACAACGUCGCCGGCAGUGGUUGCUGGAUGAUCGACGACGGUGCCACUCUUUUCUUGCAGAGCGGCGUCGGUAUCUACCAGAGUGCCACCGCUAAAUUCUCGCCUCUGAGUGGACAGUCGAUCAGCUUUGUGGGUGCCGGUGUCCUGCACAUGGACUCUGGUGUCUACGCCUACAACUCGACUUUCGGACCCACUGUCUACGGCUUCGACAGUGGCAAGGCCAUCGAGUUCAGUGAGGUCAUCAAGAGCUACAGCUACACCAGCUCUACCGGUGUUCUCCGAGUCGUCUUCACCUCCGGCAACAGCGUCUCUAUCACACUGGCUGGCUCCUACUCUUCGUCGAGCUUCUCUACUGGUACCCAGGCCAACAAGUAUGGUUCUUACAACGCCCUCUUCUCAUCGACUUCGCCAGGCACUUCCGCUCCAGCACAAUGCCAACUGACCACCAGCAAGUGCUCUGCACUCUCGCUGACCUCACCUUCUACAUCGACGAGCUCAUCGUCCACGUCCUCCACGACUUCGACAUCUACCACCUCAUCGUCCACGUCUUCCACGACUUCGACAUCCACCACUUCUACGACGUCUUCCACCUCCUCGACUGUGACUACGACCACACGUGCGACCAGCUCCUCGACAUCCUCGACCACUUCGUCUAGCACCUCAACUGCUCCUGUGCCGGCGAGCACCUUCUCCUACGGCGGUCAAGACGCUGGUUGCUAUGAGGAUACCGGCAGCACCGGCACCCGAUCGCUCAAUGCCUUGUCUUACACGAACGCUCAGAUGACGAAUGAGAUGUGCGCCAACUACUGUGGAAAGAACAACUACCCCUUUGCGGGCACUCAGUACUCCACCGAAUGCUUCUGUGGCUACAGUCUGCCUGUCACAAAGUCCAAUGCCUGCAAUAUGCCCUGUGGAGGAAAUUCGACAGAGACUUGCGGCGGAAGCUGGCUUCUCAACGUCACUCGUAACGCUGACAUCGACGUUCCUGACGCUGGCGCCCUCGGCUCGAGCUACAACACUACCGGCUGCUAUGCAGAGUCUACCAACGGCAGAAUCUUCUCAUCUUACUCCUUCACCAGCCCCACAAUGACCGUCGGCCUCUGCGCUUCUACCUGCUCGGGCAAAGGCUACGCCUACAGUGGAACAGAGUACGCUACCGAAUGCUACUGCAGCUCGUGGGCUCCUGUCACCAAAUCGACUGCUUGCACGAUGGCCUGCGGAGGCAACUCGGCACAAAUCUGUGGAGGCGGCAAUGCCCUCAGUGUUGUGCGUGAUACCAACAUUGCGACCUCCGGACCGACCUGCGGAGGUCUUCCCUCUGGCUACGUUGUCUGUGCCGAGGGUCAAACCGUCAAGGGUGGCGUCUGCGUUUGAGGGAUGAAGCUGAAGACGCCUUUCUUUGCUUGUCCGUCGUCCCGCUCUUGUGUCUGGGAUGACGCUGUGUCUACACUGUAUGUCGCUGGUAAACUUGCCUCACUCUGUUACCCCUUCUUAUUUCCGGAUCGUCUAAUACAAAAGCUUACC